GCUUUGAAUAUGCUAAAUAAUGAAGACAUACCCCAAGAUAGCCAACAUAUGUGUUCUCUCCCACUAGACGAGAACAUUCAGUUUGAAGUCUUGAAUGAAGGUACCAGGAAUAGCCGGCCCAUACCGAUGUUCUUGCGUAGCAAGAAUAAUUUAGUAGCCAAUAAAGGUAACCCUUCAGAGAAGGUUAAAGCAAAGUGGCUUGAAGAAAUUAAAAUCGAAGAACUUCAAAGAGAUAGACCAAUAAUUAACCAGAAUGAUGAAUCUGAAGAACUUUCAGUAAAGAUCUCAGAACAGGAGGAUAGUGUAUCUAACGCUUCAAAUUGCUCAAAUAUUCUCGAACUUUGCAAAGUUCUUCGCAAGAAAGGAAACCGAUCUGGUAAAACAUUGUUGGUGAGUUCGAUGAGCAAGCCUCUUCCUUCAUCAACGAGGUAUUUUAAUUAAGUUGUUAAAAUUUUCAGGA